CAAUAACGCGCGCUGUCGUCAAAGGUCGACGUGUUUCCAAACUUACCGUUGCGCGCGUCAGGCGUUCAGUACAACUGCUUUAUGGAAAAGUGAGUUGGGGAGGAGGGUGGGGGGUUCAUUCACAACUCGCUGUGAACCACUGGGGAUCAUCUGCACGUGCAUUUGCGCACAGUCUUGCGCAAAAUCACUGAUCACCACCGCAAGAUAGUUUUUGGUCUCCCACGCGCAUCCACUCGACUGCGCGAUCCACCGUGAUGUGGGUCCGAACCGCGGAGCUUUGACGAAUGAUCACGGAUAAAGCGGCGGAACCCGUUCGGCUUUCCGAGGAGAGGCUAGGUUGCCGGCUGUCAUGAUGCAAGGACUGGACAACAGUACCUUCCAGUCUAGCAUCCCAGUGGCUGCUGACAUCACAGUGGGCGUAGUUUACUCCCUUUUUGGUGUUUGUUCGCUCUGUGGAAACGGUAUGCUGCUGUAUGUGUCCUACAAGAAGAAGCACCUCUUAAAACCGGCCGAGUUCUUCAUUGUUAACCUGGCCAUCAGUGACCUGGGCAUGACUCUCAGCCUCUACCCCCUCGCAGUCACCUCAAGUCUCGCACACAGAUGGCUUUAUGGAAGGACAGUGUGUGUGAUCUAUGCCUUCUGUGGUGUUUUGUUCGGAAUCUGCUCUCUGACCACUCUCACUAUACUCAGCACUGUUUGCUGCCUCAAAGUCUGCUAUCCACUUCAUGGUAAUAGGUUCACUUAUGAGCACGGCCGUUUGUUAAUAGCAUGUGCAUGGGCCUAUGCACUCGUGUUCGCAUGCUCCCCCCUCGCCAACUGGGGUCAGUAUGGUCCUGAACCCUAUGGCACAGCCUGCUGUAUCGACUGGGCCUGGUCCAAUCACGACUCUGUCGCCCGCUCCUACACCUCUAUGCUCUUCAUUGCCUGCUACCUGCUGCCAUGUGGCAUCAUCAUCGUCUCCUACACACGCAUACUGCUCACGGUCCGAGAGUCCCGCAGAGCAGUGGAGCAGCACAUCACAGCACAGACACGCAUGGGCAACAUCCAGGCCAUCAUUGUGAAGCUGAGUGUGGCGGUGUGUAUAGGAUUCUUCACUGCAUGGAGUCCAUAUGCACUAGUGUCUAUGUGGGCGGCGUUUGGCCAUUUAGAGGACAUUCCACCCCUGGCCUUCGCCAUUCCUGCAGUUUUUGCCAAAUCCUCAACCCUUUAUAACCCUCUCAUCUACCUCUUGCUCAAACCCAACUUCCGCCACCUCCUCUGCAAGGACAUGCGCUCCCUGCGAGGGGUUUGCAUGCACUACUGCCUGUGCCAGUGUUUUCCCCACUGGAGCUACCGCCCAUCGCUAGCCCUAAAUCUGCGGCCCCUGCGGCGACGAGGCCAGUCCAUCUCAGAAUCAAUAGGGGCGCCUGUAGGUCUGUUUCAUUGCCCUUGCGAGAGGUGCAACGACCCGUUUGAGCAGUUUAAGCACUACCCACGCCGCUGUCCCAUCAAGGUGAACACUGUCCAGUUGUCUUUGCAGGACAGCACCGAACCCGAAUUGGAGCUGGAGCUGGAACAAGAACCCAGAGAGAUAAAAGAAUGCAAACCAAAGAGCCAGUCAAUGGAUUGUAAGAAAUCUGUACGGGUGAUUGUGAGGGGUCGGAAAUGUUCCGAGAUUGACAGUCUGGAGAUCACUUUGGAAACAGUGCCUGUUCACGGCGAAGCUGCCAAAAAUGGCAAACCAUAACACCUGAGUCUAUGCAUGGGUGUCUGUUUAUACGCAUGCGGUGCGUGUGUAUUCACUUAUCUUGAGCAGACUUUCACAUAUGCCUCAAUUAAGACCCUCACAAUAAAUGACUUUCUGAACAAAGUAUUGUGUGUGUUGAUUUGUCAGUAAUGGCAAUGAUUGUUUUUAAAGUCAUUUUUUGAAAAAAAAAAAAAAAAAAAAAAAAAAAAAAUUAAUUCAGUGAUUUUUUACAUGAAGUGAACGCACAUCUUAGCUAUCUGCUGAGGGACUGAACACAUAUGCAUUCUUUAAAUUGCUUUGGUAAACAUGAACAGUACUUUCUACAAGGUGUACAGCUGUUGUAGAAACCUCCUUUCAAAUCACUUUUUACACAUGAAAUAGUUAGCCCUGGAUCAUUAUAAACCCCGGGUAAAUGGAACCCUGCGUUAUUUUGCUUUAU